GAUUUGCUUCCGAUGCCUGCCUCCGAGGCUCCAGUCCUUCAGAUAAGUUCUACUAGUAGUACUGGUACUAGUGGUACGGUUUGAGCAUUCCGUAGAUAAGUCCGGCUCGCCGCGUCCACCGUUAUUUUCAAGUCCCUCUCCCGCUUUGCUGUCACGGUGUCCCGUCCAACGUCCAACGUCCAACCUUUGUACCGCUGACUCCCGUCCAAACCGGAAACAAAAACAAACCAUCAUGCGCCUCCUCUCACUGCUUGUCGCAGGCACCGCCAGCCUAGCUCCCGUCAGCGUCGUCCUUGCCGCCCCGGCCGGCUACGAUGUCGUGCAUGAAGGCUUCCAACUGGCCAAGCGAGAGAACCUCUGCCACCUGAGUGCGCCGCCACAGCUCUGCACGCCCAACGCGUCGGUGACGGUCGAGGAGACGGCGCUCCGGGCGUACAAGUUCUACCGCGCUUUUGUCGUGGAUGGGGAUCCAAGGACUAUGUUUUCGUUGAUUGACAAUGUUUACAAGCAAAACUCGCCCGGCUAUGCGAGCGGCCCGCAGGCCAUCUGGCCGCUGUUCUGCAACGGCAGGAAGAUUGGGACCGAGCAGAACACGGCGUGGUGCUUUGAUGCUAGUACCAAUAUGUCGUAUGCCAGGUACUCGGUUACGGAUCGGUGGCGUUGGGUUGAUGGUUGCGUUCAUGAACACUGGGAUCGGAAUGAGAGGAUGCCGUCGCAAGACAAGUGCUACAAGCUGCCCGCGGGGGCGACUGGCUCGGCGUAGGAGUACUUAUAGUACUUACCGACGUACUAUCCGGGGUGUGUGGUUGUUUGGUGUAGGUGGUUUGUAGGCAACUUGUCUUACAAAGUACAAGGAAAGCUCCCGUCAAGUUGGAGUAGUACGAGGGUUCUUGCAUGUCAAGCUGACCUCGAAAGUUUGGAUGUUUGUGUACAGUCAGUACCGUAUCUAUACUACUAGUAGAGAGUUGACCAUUUGUGCCAUUAAGCAGGGAUUGAUCGCCCGAGUCAUGAAGGCUCUGCAGCAUAACCCAGUCUGGAUGGAGGUAGCAAUGGUCCCGCGGGAGCUUCUGCUAGGAUGCAGACGGUUUCUGUGACCAGC